AUGGCUUUGUCUUUGGCUUUGCCUAGGUUCGUUGCUCUCAGAACAAGAUAUGAAACUGAAGGGCAAGCUGUCACUAAAUAUGUUCGCUUCCUACACGAAGAUGGGGAUUUACAUGGCUUCCUUCGCGCCGAUGGAGAUGAGAUUGUGACUCCAUACACAAAGUUUGAACUGGAGAAGGCAGAAAGUGGAGAUGACUCAUAUCACAUAAGAAACUGUUACAACAACAAGUAUUUAGUAAUAAAGGAAGGAACAAUGUGGUAUAUUGGUGGAGCUGACGAACCAGAGGAAGACGCAUCUAAGAGCAACUGCACAGUGUUCUUUAUAAGAGCACUUGUCGGUUCUAAUAACUACAUAAUCAGGCCAGCAAAUUUGCCUCAUUUUUUUCUGCAUCGGGCUACUGUCUCUACUGUAUUCGACCACCGAAUGCUAAAUUGCUUACACCGUUUCAAUGGUGCUAGUACGUCGUACGAGAUCAUAGAUUUUGACUCCAUCAUAGUAUUGCCUAAAUAUAUCACCUUGCCAAAUCCUGGUGAAGGCCUGUAUCUCAGUUCUCGUUCUCUCAGCGGACGACAAUUCCUCCAGUUUGGAUCUGACGACUAUCUUGAUACGACAACAUGGUUCGAGACAUUCACAACAAAUGAUGGCGGCGCACGAAUCAUGUGCAAAUCCUCUAACCGAUUCUGGAGGAAAGACAGCACAUGGGUAUUUGCUGAUAGUAGUAACAGCACUGGAGAAGACACAUUGUUUUGGCCUGUUAAGACUGAAGGCAAUGCCAUUGCCCUUAGAGCUUGGCAUAACAUGUACUGUCAUAGGCAUACAGCUAAUGGCAUGGCCGACUGCCUUGCUCUUACGGCUAAUAGCAUUUCAACCAACUCGCUGCUUCAUAUAGAAGAGGCUGUUCGUAGUAGGGAAAUAUAUAAUGUUAGUUUUCGAACACUCGAUGGUAGGAUCUAUGACUUCUCGAAACCGCUUAUAGUAACCCAAGAUGUGGAUAACUGGUCGCAACAAUCCACACAAGAUGGAGAAUUGCGUUUCACAUACACCGAAACCAAGAGUAGCAGAUGGGAUCACUUGGAGUCGUGGAUGGUGGAAGCGUCUAUGAGUUUAUCAUCAAAAAUUCCAUUUUUGGUUCAAACAACAAUUUCGAUCGGUGCGGGCUAUGAGGGAAGUUACACAUGGGGAGAAACUGAAGAAACAUCAAAAGAAAUAAGCACAAAUUUAAGGGUAGAAGUUCCGCCCAUGACCAGGACUCGCGUUACUAUGAUAGUAUCAAAGGGCGCCAUUGAUGUCCCUUUCUCCUACACUCAGCGCGACACUCUUUACGAUUAUUCAACGGCUCUCACUCAAAAGCAUGAUGGCAUUUUUACUGGUGUCACUACCUAUGUCAAGUACGACAUCGCUGAAGAGAGUCUUAUUGCUCCAAAACAGUCUAUCGCUGAAGAGAGUCUUCUUGCUCCAAAACAGUCCAUCACUGAAGAGAGUCUUAUUGCUCCAAAACAGUCUAUCGCUGAAGAGAGUCUUCUUGCUCCAAAACAGUCCAUCACUGAAGAGAGUCUUAUUGCUCCAAAACAGUCUAUCGCUGAAGAGAGUCUUCUUGCUCCAAAACAGUCCAUCACUGAAGAGAGUCUUAUUGCUCCAAAACAGUCUAUCGCUGAAGAGAGUCUUCUUGCUCCAAAACAGUCCAUCACUGAAGAGAGUCUUAUUGCUCCAAACUGA